AGUAGUUGUUACUUCCGACAUAAUUUCCUCAUCAAAAGGCAAUUUUUGAGAAAGUCUAGCUUUCCUUAUGACACUGACAUAUUUACAUCAAAACACCAAAUGGCUGUAUCUAAUAAAUCAAGAUGAUAAUCUCAAACAGCCACAAAGUUAGAAAGCAAAUUUGCUUACAACGCAGGUGGGUCAGCGACUCAGUGUCUUCUACUUUAGGGCUGCUUUCUUGCAAUUUAAAAGGAACACAUCCCUGCUCAUCCUUCCCCUCCAUUCAUCAAGACGUGGCUUCAAGGUAAAACCACUGCUCGUUUCCUUCUCCAAAUUGCAAACCUCCAAGCCACUCCCUUCAGAUAUGCAACAAAAUUGUGUAGCCAAUUUAGCAUGCCUCCCUGGCUUGGACUUCACUAGCUUUUUCCUACCACAAAAUGAUCCCCACAUCUAUGAUUUCAGUCCACUGGACAUGGUUGAUCCAUACAACUGCAAUGGAAGUACCACCAUCAGCUCAAUGUCUGCUGAGACAGCAGACAAUCAAGAGAGGCACGGCAAUGAUGAGAGGAAGAAGAGAAGGUUAGCAUCAAACCGUGAGUCUGCAAGGAGGUCGCGUGUGAGGAAGCAGAGGCGCUUGAAUGACCUGUCGUCGCAGGUUGCAGAGCUCCUAGAUACAAAUCAGAGGCUUCUUAUUGAGCUCCACCACAUGAUCGCUAAGCAUGCUCGCAUAGUUCGUGAGAAUGCCAAGCUCAGAGAAGAAGCUGCUGACCUGCAGAAAAGGCUCGAUGAGAUGGAUGUAGAAGAAGCUGAAGCUGCACCACGGACCCCUGAGGUGGUUUAGUUUGAGAAAUCGUACAAUAUCGUGGUUAGUAGCCGUGUAGUACUGUUACGUAAAUAGAUAUAAUUCGGUGGUCAAUUUGUGGAAAGGGAGCAAAUAUAUAAGUACAUAGUAGAUUACAAGCUCUUUAUGUAUUCUUUCAUGAUUUUUUUUCUUUACCUGAUAUGCAUUGGUAUAGUCAAGCUCUAACCAAAACAUAGCAAGGCAUGUUUUUCGUCUAUAGAAACCUGACUAGUUGAUUCA